AUGCUGCUGGACAUGCGCGGAUGCGCGAAACAUGGCGGCCUAGUUCCAAUGGAAAGUAAAGCAGAAAAGCAGCACUGUCCGACCUUACACGUUUUUCAGAUUUUUCUCAGAUCCCAAAUCUAGGAUCUGUCCAGUUUCUGUCCGCUUCAUGUGGUUCUCCAGGACACCAUGGGCAAAACCCAUCACAAAGACAAAAAAUACAGUAAUAAGGAGAAAUCGGGGAGGAAUAAUGAGGAUUCACUCCCUUCACAAAAGCUCACGGAGCCGUUCAGCUGGGAAAUGUACUUGAGAGAGACUUCAGCCUGUCCUGCUUCCCCCAGCUGUUUCAGACAAUCCAGAAUCCCUCCCAGUAAUGAUUUUAAAGUGGGAAGUAAAGUGGAGGCUUGUGACCCGAGGAAUUCCACCUCCGUGUGCAUCGCCACGGUGAUGGGGUCAAUGGGCGUGCGUCUGCGGCUCAGACUGGAUGGCAGUGACAACACCAAUGACUUCUGGCGAUUGGUUGACUCCUCUGACAUUCAGCCUAUCGGCACAUGCGAGAAGAGUGGCGACAUGUUGCAGCCACCACUGGGAUUCAGAAUGAACGCCUCUUCAUGGCCCAUGUUCCUAUUAAAAACAUUAAGUGGGGCAGACAUUGCUCCAGCCUCAGCCUUUAAAAAGGAGCCGUCCAAACCCACUGAAAACUACUUCAAACCUGGUCAGAAACUGGAGGCAGUGGACCGAAAAAAUCCCUACCUCAUCUGUCCCGCUACCAUCGGAGAGGUGAGAGGUGACAAGAUAUUCAUCAUGUUUGAUGGCUGGAGAGGAGCGUUCGAUUACUGGUGCCUGUAUGACUCCAGGGACAUCUUCCCCGUGGGCUGGUGUCAACUGACCAACCACAGUCUGCAACCUCCUGGCAACUGCUUCAAUCUCCCGAAGACUCCUAUUCCAGCAUUGGGCCAGUCCAGUCAUUCUUGGCGCCCAAUGCAGUCCCCGUACCGCCUGCCGCACCCUCUGCCCCCUCUGCCAGUGCGCAAGGGGGUACGAGGGAGGAGACCCAAGAGCCAGACCAUCGCAAUGCUGAAAGAAGCCGCCGAGGCUGCCGCAGCCGCAGCCGCCACGUCACUGAACGGCCAAACACAGUCCAAUACAGCCAAGAGUCCCAUGAGCUCACAGCUCACACCCAAACCAUAUAAGAAGAGGGGACCCAAACCCGGCAGCAAGAGGAAACCAAAGGUUCCUCAUUCACUUUCAAGCCCCACGUUGUCUUCCUCAGUAUCAGAUGGGAGACUGUCUAGUCUACAGACAACAAGAGACUCAGGAGUCUUGUCCACAGUUUGUGUGUACGUGAAUAAACACGGAGAUUCGGGGCCGCACCUGGACCGGAAGCUGUUGUUGCAGCUACCCGAUCAUUUCGGGCCGGGCCCCGUGAACACGGUUCUCCAGCACUCGGUCCAAGCCUGCGUGGAUUGUGCAUUUCAGCCCAAAGCUCUGUUCGGCUUCCUGCAGUCUCAGUCUGAUGGCGGGGAAAUCAUCAGAGUUCGCUCUGAAGGAGGAAUCCACUACGUCAAGCUCCCCACUGCCUCCAGUGCUUCGUUCGUUCUGCGCUUUCUGGAAACUCUGUGUCACCAUCUGCAGUGUGAUAACCUGUUCAGCAGCCAGCCAUUCAGUCCACUAACCACUAACACACACACACCGUAUGAAAGGAGCAAAUCAGUGAAAGAGGAGACAUCAGAAGCUUUGUCCGUAGCGCGAGGUACCAGACGUUUCAACCGAGAUUCAGCUGCCUACACCGCUGCCCUGUCACCGAAACUACAGAGAACAGAAGCUCUGCCCUCAGACGAAACCAUUGCCCAUGCUGAAAAUGGUGCCACUACAGACCAGCAGUUCUCAGAAGAGUCAAUGGACUCGGCCUCCAAUUCUGUGGCCCCCCGGCCCCCUGCCCUACGCAGCCCGUCUGAGUAUCACCCCCCGGCCGGAAGCAGCCCGCACUACCCCUCUCACCCCCCACCCCUCCGCAGACUCUCCUCCAACCCCUCGGAGCUGGGGCCCGCACGCACACACAGACGAGUGGAAGGUAGGCUAUCUGCUAGCUCAACCACUGGUCCUGAUCAUCAAGCAGCGGAGAAGGAUUCCUCCAGAACGUCCAAUAAGUGUCCGUCAUCAUGGAGUAUAGAGGAAGUGAUGCAAUUUGUGCGCGACGCCGAUCCACAGGCGCUGGGCCCACAUGCAGAGCUCUUCAGGAAACAUGAGAUUGAUGGCAAGGCCUUGAUGCUUUUACGGAGUGACAUGAUCAUGAAGUACAUGGGGUUGAAACUGGGUCCUGCUCUCAAACUUUGCCAUCACAUUGAGAGACUCAAACUGGUGAAAUAGUGGCUGGAACCUUCCGAGCAAAAACA